AUGUUGCAAUAUCCUCUCUUAGUUGCCGCUCUAGCUGCGUCUGCAUCGGGUUUCGCCAGCAAACCUAGUUACACCCGUGGUACCCUGGCAAAUGGUUGGGACUGCUCACUCAAAUUGGCGUUCAAGCCCAAGUGCGGAAAGUUCAGCUCCGCAACGGCGAUGAACGAUUCGACGGGGGCUUACCCGCCUCCGCCGCCUGUCUUUUUAGGAAAUUAUUCUAUGGCUGGAGGGAGAGCUUCCAAUGGACCAACUUGGACCGAAUAUAUUGCAAACGAUACAUCCUCGGAGGUUCAUCCAUAUGCGAUCGGUGGAGCUGUCACAGACCUCACGCUCUGGCCAACAGCCAUCGCACGGAAAAUUAAUAUCAACUCGUUCACAAAUCAGACCAAGAUAUUCUUAUCGCAAAAUAACACGUGGGACCCCUCGACGACUCUAUACACGAUUUUCUUCGGCAUCAACGAUUAUACUUAUUCCAAGACCGAUGGGUUUGAUAUUUUGCUCAAGUCGGACGAGGUUGUUCGAAACCAAACGGAACUCCUGAUCGCUGCGGGUGCGAAAAAUAUUCUAACGGUAGGUCUGUACCAUAAUCAGACGGGGAGUGGACCCUAUAAGCAGGCUUUAUACGACAAUCUCAAAUCAUUGCGCAAGCAACAUCCGCAAAUCAACAUCGCUUUCGCCGAUUUCUUCCCUCUUUGGAACGCCAUAAAUAGGCAAGUUCACAAGUCUCUCAAGAUGGGGCUUGCGAAUCUCCUCAAACACAUCUUUACUGGCAAUCCGGACACCCUUCUACUUGUACCCAUCGCCUAA